AUGGCGCUCCCACAGCCCCUUCCCCGAGUCCCUAACACGGAAGAAAUUGUUCCAAUGAUGAAUCGCAUAAUCAACGCACAAAAUGCCACUCGUGAAUGUAUUCUCGAAACCGUGACUCCGAUCACCGCAACGUUUGAUAAUGUUAUGCUACCCUUGGCACAAGUCGAAAAUGCUGUUCAAGGCGAGCUGGGUAUGAUCUACAUGCUCCAGUAUGGAUCUCCAUCCCUAGAGACUCAAGCCGCAUUCGACGAGGCCCGGAAGCUCUUCCUAGAAGCCGAGGCAUCGUGGACAGCGGAUGUGCCCUUCUUCCGACUUCUCCAGGCGGCAAGCACAAAGCCUGAUUUUGAAUCCUUGGAUAUGGAAUCGCAGCAUUUGUUGGAGAAGAAAAUAUUGGGAUAUAAGAAUGCUGGACACGGUUUUCUAGAUAAUGAAGAGCUGGAGAAGUAUCGAAAAUUGGAGACCGAGAUUGCUGAUUUAGAGAUGAAAUUCCAGCAAAAUAUUUCGAGAGAGGCUGGAGGAGUUUGGUUUACCAUUGAGGAGCUAGAUGGGGUGCCAGAGGAUGAGCUAGCAAAGUGGAAAGACGAUGGUUCAGAGGGAGAGAACCUGAUCAAUGGGCACCUACGAAGGAAAUUUGUGCCGUUCGCCAAUGGAGGAACACUGGCUGUUUUGACACAUGCCCAUUCUCCCAAGACCCGCAAGGGGAUGUUCGUGGCGGAUAAUUUAAAGCUGAAGGAGAAUAAACCCUUAUUUGAAGAAAUCAUCAUUCGCCGUGCUAAAAAGGCAAAGCUGCUGAAAUACAAUACGCACGCAGAGUUUAGGAUCCAGAGUCGCAUGGUGAAGACCACAGAGUGGGUCAAGGUCUUUCUAGACGAACUACGAGAAGCCCUUUGUGGUCAAGGUCAAGAUGAGCUUGCAGCUUUGCAGCGUCGACGACAAGAGGAUCUACAAGUCAACCAGCAGAACCCCGACGCUGGGGCGGGAUUUCCACCGUGGGACAAGCGGUACUAUGAGCGUGCCUUGCAGCACAAAUUCGAGGUUGACCAGAUCAAGGUCUCAGAGUUCUUUCCUUUGCAGGAAACUGCCACUCGGAUGCUAGAUAUAUUUGCAACCGUGCUUGGCCUUCGGUUUGAUUCUAUUGCAACAGAAGACUUGAAUGAAGAUGUCAUCUGGCACGACACUGUGGAGUGUUUCUCGGUAUGGGAUGCGAAAGACAACGGGUUCAUUGGGUAUCUCUACUUCGACUUGUUGUGGAGGGAGAAUAAGUAUCGGGGUAACCAAAGCGUGAACAUUCAAUGUGGAUAUCUGCGUCCGGAUGGAACUAGACAAUACCCCUCAACAAUUCUGAUGUGUUCAUUCCCAACUGCAACACCAACAAGCUGCGCACUACUCAAACAUCAUCAGGUUGUCACACUCUUCCACGAAAUGGGCCAUGGAAUACACGAUCUACUAGCUAGAACUAAAUACACACACUUCCAUGGCUACAGAUUACCCCCUGACUUUGGUGAGAUGCCAAGCAUCAUGCUGGAGAAUUGGUGCUGGAGGGAAGAUGUCCUGCAGGGUCUCAGCUGCCACUACACCGCAUUGGAUGAAAAUUAUCUAGCGGAAUGGCAAAAGAAACACCCCGGCCAGCCAGAUCCGCCGACUAAAAUCCCAGUGGAUCUACUGAAACCACUCAUCAAGCAUCGGUAUUUUAGCAGGGGGCUCUACCACCAAUACCAGUUAUCGACCUCGAUCUUUGAUGUGCAGAUACACUCACUAAGUACGGAGGAUGACAUUGCUGAUCUCAACAUCCAGAAGAUGUGGUAUGACCUCCGCGAGGAGAUCGAGGGAAUGGAUUUCUCAGAAUGCAGAGAUGGAUAUGCUUUUGGUACAUUCACUCAUCUCACAGCUGGUUAUGAUAUGUGCUAUUAUUCUUACUUGUGCUGCACGGCAAUGGCCCAGGAUGUGUUUCUAUCUGUUUUUUCCGAUGGCCCAUUCAACACGGACGCCUGGGAUAAGUAUCGACGUGGAAUUCUGGAGUGUGGGGGGAGUCCAAAGGAUCUAUUGCGGACACUGGAGGCCUUCCUAGGUCGUCCGCCAAAUAUGAAUGCUCUGGUGGAAAGUUUGGCACGGGCGAGAGAAAAGAGGUCGUCAUGA